AUGAGUAACUACGACGAGGAAGCAGCCCGGCUGCCCCAUGCCGAGAAGUGCCACGAAAUGGAGAGCCUAUCCUCAAACAAGGAUUCCCCCUUUAGCCACAAUGAAUGCAACGAUGAAGACCACCAGAGCGGUGAAGACAUUUAUUGCAGCUCUUUAGUGAAGAUAUUGUGCAACACCUCUACCCCAGUCAUUGUGGGCUUCUGUUCAUCAUACAAAGCACGCCUUCGCACCCUACUGAACAAGAUUCAAGGUAACAUGAGCAACAAAUCCAUCCAAAAGGAAGAAAAAGAAUUCAGCAGCACUUGCCAGACGUCCCGAGCCCCCAAAGGAAUAAACUACCUGAUCCUUCUCUGGCACAUCAUCUUCUACCAACCAGUCAUCACCAAAAAGCACCGCGAAAGAAAAAACUUCGACUUCCUCUUCAUACAAUUCAGCGCCUGGGAGUAUGCAUGCAACAAACAGUUGUGGGCUGGGUUGAUCACCACCCUGUGUGACCAAAUCCGCAACUACUACAGUCCUCUUCCCCUGAGUUUCUACCAAGUGGUAGGAAGCAAUCCACAAUCCGUCAAAGGAGCCACCCAAGAAUGGAGGCUUAAAAAGAAAACAUGCUGGAUGGCAGUAGGACUCCUGCUGAUUGUUGUCCUAACUGUCGCAGGCCUGGCUACUGUCAUCUUCCUUGUGCCAGAGAUAAGGGAUGGCACAUACUUGAAGUACCUUGGUAGCAGCAUGGCUGCCAUUUUGGGCUCAGGGUUCAUCAUAGCCAUUGGUCCUGUCAUCAAGAACUUGAUCAUCAGCCAGAAGAAGAAGAUCGAGAGCAUGACAAGCGAUGAGAAGUUCACCAAACAUUUGGGUUUCAGGAGUGCAGUGAAGAGAGAGAUUGAGGUCCUCACCAACUUUAUACGCUACAUGGACAUCUUUGACCGUCGGCACUUGAAGAUUGUUAUUGAGAUCACAUCUUUAGAUAUAUGCUACCCUGAACAGGUGGUCGGGGUGUUGAAUGCCAUCCACACGCUCCUUUCCGAUAAGGAUUCUCCCUUCAUCUUCAUCCUGGUGGUUGAUCCCUGCAUCAUCGUUUCUUGCUUGGAGAACGCUGAGAGCAUGAAGGGAAUGGCAGACAACGGCUACCUGUACCUCAACCGUAUAAUGACCCUUCCGUUCUCCAUACCAGAAAUAGCCAUCGAGUCCAAGAGGAAGAGUUUGCAGGACACCUUGAAGAAACUGGAAGUUCUGAUCAGUACAGGGAACCUGGAAGAGGCCAACAUCCGUGAAGCUUUCAAAUACUUACAAGAUGAAAAGGAUUGUCUCUACCAUUAUGUCCCAGAUAACAUUAACCAGAUGACGAGGAUUAGCAACACCAUCAUUCUUAUGAUCAGGUUGAUGACUCAACAGCACCUGCUCAGGAACAAGCGCUGUAUCCAGAAUGUGGCCAGUUGGGUGGUGUUGGCCAACCAGUGGCCGUGUCGCUUGAGUUGGAUCCUCCAGUGCAUGGAAGACAAGCAGCAGUGUCAACCGCCCAACGGUUAUGAGAAGAGGUUGAUGUGGGCCGUCUUUGUGGAGACUUGUUCUGAGCUGUUCUCCAAGCACAAAGAACUCCAGAACAUGAUGGCCUUGGAUGGCGACCCUGAACUUUUUGAGAAUUUCUUGUCCGGUGAUUUUCACUUCACCGUAGAAGAAGGGAAUAAAUUCCUGAAGUAUACUGUGAAUUUAGACCGUUCCAUAAAAUUUAAGAUGGGACAGCUGCGGGCUCUCGCUACUCUGGAGAAGGACUACAGCAAAGAUGGAGCAAAUUCAGAGGAGAAGGCUUAG